AUGGGGAGGAGGGAUGUCCCGCGAACGCUGCUGCUGCUGCUGGUGCUGACCACUACCAGCGCCGCUCCGCUGCGAGGUACCUCCCCGACCAGCUCCACCCCCUCCGCCACCACCGCCUCCUCCUGCGCCUCCUCCGCCGCCUCCACCUCCACCGCUGCCACCACCACCACCGCUGCCGCCACCACCGCCGCCUCCGCCGCCGCUGCCACCACCACCACCACCCCCUCCACCACUCCCGCCGCCACCCCCACUCCCUCCGCCGCCUCUACCGCCACCUCCACCGCCCCCUCCAGCUCCACCCGCACCCUUGCCCCCCUUGCCCUUGCUAGAGCGUCGUCUCCCGCUAGGGGCAGACGCCGCGCCGACCGACUCAAGACCAAGCAGGUCGGCAGCAGCAGCAGAGGCAACAGAGGGCAGCAGGGGGGAAGGAGAGCACCCCUCAAAGAUGGGGGACGGGUCGGGCAUCUCAGUAGCACAGCAGCACAGCAACACAGCAGCUCACCCGACUCAGCAGCAACAGCAGCUCCGCGGGACCAGCGGCUCGGCUCCUCAGGCGGUGCAGGCGGCUCGGGCGGCUCGGGCAGCUCGGGCGGCUCGGGCGGCUCAGGCGGCUCGGGCGGCUCGGGCAGUCAGCGGCACAGGCGGCUCGUGCGGCUCGGCUCCUCAGCUGCGCAGACGGCUCGGGCGGCUCAGGUUGCACGGCGGCUAACGGGCGGCGUGGGGGCCGGGACGGCGGCGUGUAGCAGAGACGGGCGGCGCACGGGCGGUGUGAGGCCGGGACGGCAGCGCACGGCUGGGGCGGGAGGCGCACGGGCGGCUGGGAGCAGGGCCGGGACGGGUGAGGGGCCAGGACGGGCGGUGUCCUGGCGCCGAUGGGCCGAGUCGGGCGGCGCGCGAGCGGUGAGGGGCCGGGACGGGCGCGCACGGGCGGCUAGGGGCCGGGACGGGCGCGCGCGGGUGGCUAGGGGCCGGGACGGGCGGCGCGCAGGCGGCUAG